GUGUGGGGGCAGUUGUACAUAACUGUUAACUCUCACUGCGUCUGCGCCUCCUCCUGCGUACUCACCAUGGAGGCGUUUACUACCACCUUACUUCUCCUUGCCUGCUCGCCGCCCUACACACAAGUGGGUGACCGCUGCCUCUUCAUCGAUAACGUGCUGUCAGGGAACUGGACUGAGCUGACCGCCGUAUGUCAAGACUUAGGGGGAGAACUGGUCGACCUCCAUGAUGCUAACCUUUUGGCUUACAUUGUCGAACAUUUGUAUGAAACUGGGAGGAGUGAUGUGAGCUACUGGGUAGGAGCCACGGACCAGGCGGUGGAGGGGCAGUGGAAUUGGUUGACGGGUGCACCUGUCCACAUGAACACUCCACUGUGGGGUGACCUCAAAGACGGAGUCCAACAGCCCACAGGUGGAGCUAAGGAGAACUGCGCCGUACUCCUGAAGGAAGACUACUACUUCAUGCAUGACGCCCCCUGCUCUAACCCGCACUCUCUCAUCUGCCAACAAACUCCAGACAGCCUCCUACAGGACCCAGCACUCAGCACCACCAGAGGACGACCUUCAGUAGAGUGCCCACAUCCCUACGAGGUCAUUGGUGGUCGAUGUCUCUUCGUCAACGUGCCCAGCUCCGGCACCUGGGAAGAACAGCGGCGCUUCUGUGAGCUGCUACACGGUGGUCAUAUGAUCAAGCUGGACGAUGCUAACGUUCUCGGUGCCUUGUUCGACUACCUUCAUGCCCAUGACUUGACUAGCUCCUACGUAUACAUCGGAGGGUCGGACAGUAAGAAAGAAGGUGACUGGCGCUGGCUGGACGGGACGCCUGUACGUAUGGGCACUCCAUUCUGGGGGGCUCAAGGCUCGAGUCCCCAAGAACCACAAGGGGGAACCUCACAAAACUGUAGUUCUCUUAUCAAUACUGAUCACUUCUUUUUACAUGACCUUGAAUGCGACAGCCUCGUCGGUGUGAUAUGUGAACACUGAGAUGAACUUUCUCCAAAACACAAAGAUUUUAAUAUUUCACAUUGUAAUCGAUUUUUUUUAUUUAUUUUUUUAACAUGACCUACAAAAUGUGUCCUAGAUUUUAGUAUUGGAUCCAUAACGGCACAAGGCUCCUUCACCUCGUCUAGGAACACUUACCUGAUUCUCAUGAACAGGUAGAUGAAGACUGUUGGCCAACUCAACAGUAAUAUAGUAUAUCUCCCUGUAAUAAAUAAAAAAGUAAAAUAGUUAA